AUGGAAGAUAAAGUAAUUGAUAUACUUACUGAAAAGUUCAAUCGCUUUGUUAUUAACUGCAAUUUGAAUUCCUCAUCAGAUAAUUCAACAGAACAGUUGAAUGAAACUUCAGAUAGUAUGGAUGAGAAAACUAUGUCCAGUGUAGUCCAUGAAACUUCUCCUUAUGAAAGUUCAUCUUAUGAGGGUCAUACUCUACCAAUAUUGAAAAAAAUUCUUGACCUAAGUACCAAAGCUCAGGAUUUGAAGAAAGAGCAUGUUUCCCUUCGUAAUCAAGUGAAACUCACAUUUGAGUCUUUUGAUGAUCUAGGUGUUUUAAAGUCUAUUCAGCUUCUAGGUGCUGAAUAUGAACUUUUGAAAAGAAAGUACAUAGAUGAGUCAUUUAAGCGUAGGCGGCUUAACAAUGAAGUGGUUGAACUCAAGGGUAAUAUACGAGUUUUCUGUAGAUGUCGACCAUUAAAUGAAAACGAAAUUGCUAAUGGAUCAACAUCCGUUGUCAAGUUUGAGUCAACUGCUGAAGAAGAGCUUCAAGUUAUAUGCUCCGAUUCUUCUAAAAAAACAAUUUAA